AUGAUAAGCAGAAGAGUGGUGUUUUUGCUCGGGAUUUUCUAUACCAUUGGCACAUGCCUUUCAAUUGGAUUUGUGGGGCAGAUUGAAGACGUUCCAAGUAAAAUUGAAGAAGUUCAUGAAAUCAAAAAUAAGAAGGUCUUAAAUGGUCACAACUACCAAUCCAGGUUCAAUGUUGAGCUAGUACUGUUAAACACACGAGAGGAGACAAAGCUACCAAGUGGAGGGCCAGAUAGAUUUAAGGGAGUAAAAGGGUUGUUAGAUAAAGAUUAUAAGUUCCAAUUCAAUGACUUGAGUAAGGGCGAUUAUGAAUUGAUAGUUGAUUCUUAUGACUUUUAUCUUUCACAUAAUCGUUUUAGGAUUAUUAUUGACAAUGAAGAUGGAAUAAUAGCAUACGAGGAUUUCUUAGGACAUAAUUCCUAUAAUGAAUCAUCUGGGGUGUCAUUGAAUGACAAGACCUUGAAGAUUCAAUUCAGAGAUGUUAAACAAUUUUACGAGCAGUCACAGGGUUCUCUUUAUAGUAUUAUCGACGGAAGCCCAUUUGGAUUUAUUUUCAGGAGUCCCUUAUACACAACUCUUUUCACCGUGUGUAUGGCCAUUGUUGCAACGCCUUAUAUCUUAUCAUGGGUUAGUCCUGAAUUUGCAGAAAGUUUGAACGAGAUAAAGCAGCAUGGAGAUAUUGCCAAGAUACCAGAAAAGGUUCAGAAAUUAGAUACUCAAGAUGAAAAGGCUCCUUUAAAGCAGUCGAGAGGUAAUAAGCAAUCGAUUCGGAGACGAAAAUAA